AUGCCUGAAUCAAGAGCAUCCGAGCAUGACUCCGUACUCAGGGUACAAUCGAACAAGGAUAUUCGUAUAGCCUUGAUCGGGACCGGAACAAUUGGCCUCUCCUUCGCAGCGUAUCACCUCUCCCAUCUCCCCAAUGCAUCUCAACUCACCAUCUACGACACGCGACCAAACCUCCCUCAAUACGUCGAAGAAAACCUCGCCAAUUUCUUUACUGAGGUGCCCGCACACGCAGCACUAUCCAAUAUCCGCAUUGCGACGUCCCUGCAAGAAGCCGUCGAGGGAGCUCACAUCAUCCAGGAAUCCGGGCCGGAGAACCUCGACUUCAAGAAGCAGCUUUGGGCCGAAGUCGAGAAGUAUGCACCAGAGGACUCUUUGUUGUGGAGUAGUACGUCGGGAAUUCCUGCGUCUCAGCAGGCACAGGGUAUGAAGGAUAAGUCGAGGUUGUUGGUAGUGCACCCGUACAAUCCACCGCAUAUUAUGCCGCUGCUAGAGCUGGUCCCGUCGCCAGAUACUGCGGAAGAAGUUAUCAAGAGAACGCAAGAGUUCUGGCUUGAGCGCGGAAGACUGCCGAUACAUAUCAAGAAAGAGAUGACGGGUUUUGUCGCGAAUAGACUAGCAUUUGCGUUGUUGCGCGAGGCUGUUCAUCUUGUGAAUGAAAAUGUGGUUUCGGUUGCGGAAUUGGAUAGCAUUGUGGAGAGUAGCAUGGGGCCGCGAUGGGCCGUCGCAGGGCCGUUCAAGAGUUAUCAUGCAGGCGGUGGCCCAGCAGGACUAGAGGGCUUCUUCAAAAAUAUCGGUGGCACGGUGCAAGAUUGCUGGAGCGAUUCGGGCAAGCCCAAUGUUGGUGAGGGGUGGGAGAAAAGUAUCUUUGCGCAAGCACAGGAGAAUUAUGGAAUCAUUGAUACGAGUGAGCGGGAUAGGAUAACAAGAAGGCUCCUCGAGGUUUUGAACGAGGAGAAAGGCAGGACCGCACAAAAUUUCAAGGACUAG